AUGAUCUACUUUUCUGCCACCGGGCCCUACAGGUUUCCUGAUAUGCUGAUACUGAAGUAUGCUGGUAACCAACGUAACCUGUUUGUGGACCCUGAGUCUCGCUGCCUGGACAUCAUUACUGAGUAUUCCAAAAACAGAGAGGGCAAUCCAAUGUGCAAGACCCUGGACAAGGUCACCUCAGACCACCUUUUCUACUACAUCAUAGUUGCACGUAACAUGCUGAAGCACGCCGUGGGGACCGAGUAUGCUGAUAUGAAACGGGACCUGUUCAACGAGACCAACGGUGCUGCUGAGGAGUCGUUGCUCAACGGCUACCUGGCUAGGUCCAUUGGUGACGGGAUCAGUGCUGAUGAUAUGGACCCGGUUAGGUACUCCAGAAACGUGGUUAAUUCUUUUGUCUUUGUGGACUGCACCUCCCAUUCGCUCAUGCACUAUGCCAGGUUCUCUGCGUUCCUCAAGCUCUACCCCAUGUCUGUUAACUGGAGCAUGCGUCUGCCAUUCCGGGAGAUGAGGCACGGUAUGAUCAAGCUGGUGCGUGAGUACGUCAAGGUGGAAGGGGAGGACGUUGGAGUGUCUGCUGCCAAGGAGACGCUGGCUGGUCAUUCUGCUGCCACUGGGCUGGCCACCUACGGUAUUGACCAUGAGAAGGGUCUAGCUGCUGAUGGCUCUCUUGAAGAAAAGUACGCCUCCCUGGUCAAUGCUGCCUGGCACCACUGGCUGGGUCUUGGUUACGGCUCUCCUGCCGAAGAUGGUGAGUCUGAUAUUGCUAAGAAUUCCUGUGAGAAACGGUACUUCCAUCCCAGUGGCUCCAUCAAGGACCUGGCCAUGGCCGGUAUCAAGCUCUAUGGUAGUAAGUUCGAGUUCAGGGAAGGCCAGUUUGACGUUGCGGUUGAGAUAUACCUCUCUGGUUCUCAGGUCAUCCCCAUCCAGGCCCUCCCAGGCUACGGGAAGACGGCUCUGUUCCAGCUUCCUCUGAUGGCUGUCUCGCUGUGUGAUCAGCCUGUCGUCUCUUUUGUCUUUGUUCCAUAUGUUUGUCUGGUCUCCAAUAUGAAAUUACGGUUCUCUUCCUCUGGUUUAAGUUGUGGUUUUGUCAAGGAUUUGUUUGCUGGUGGUCCCACUGUUGCAGAAAGCCAUCUUUUUUGUGACGUUUACGUUGGUACUUUUAACGAUCUAGGCUCUGCCAACUUUAUCAAUCUGGUCAAUAACUGGUAUAAUGUGUUUGAGCAGGUGAUAUUAGGCAUGGUUGUAAUCGACGAAUUCCACAAUCUUGAAACGGAAAAGUACCGUGAAGACAGCUUCAGGCACAUUCCAGAAAUCAAUUUCAAUCUGGCCUGGAAAGUUGUCGUAAUGACUGGAACUGCUGGUGCCAAGGGUAUGUCCAAACCGUUGAGAUUUAUUGGUUACGAAACUGAACUGACUGUUUCCAGAACGUCUUUGAAGAGUAGAAUUCUCUAUUUUGAUAUGGUGUCUCAAAUUCCAUUGCAGAAUAUUGUCAAGGAGUUUCUCCCAGUAAGCAAGGUGGCCGUUAUUGAAUCCCAGGUGUCCAAGUUGGUUGAAAAAUUAAUGCUUUACGAUUCCAGUUCAAAGGUGAUUAUUGUUUGCAGAGAAAGGGUCACUGUGGAGAAGCUCUAUUUCCAGCACAAGUUUGGUGGCUCCAUGGUCGCCUGGACGCGAUGA